AUGUUCUCUUCUUUUAGGACUGGAUUUAGUUUGCCAUUACGAGGAACUAUUAGAGUUCCUCAACCUAGGAGCUUUUGCUCGCUGAAACAGGAUUUGGCCAGCCGCCAGAAAAAUUUGCUACCAAAAACUUUCAAAAGAAACAACACUCAACUUCCUAAAAAUGUCAACGACAAGAAUAACCUCACAUCUAAUGAUUGGAAAUCUCGAGUACCCCAAUUUCCAUUUGGUAAAGAGGUAGCGCCAACGCUGAUUCCAAAAGCAAAUACCCCACGAGUCACGAAGGAUUUCACGUUCCGCCAGCUUGUAAUGAGUUUAAAAAAUGCUCGGGAGCCUGAAUUACUAUAUACUGCCGAAUCACAUCGUCUUUAUUUCCUGACAUCAGUAGCUCUCACAUUUGUAGUCUCAUACAAUUUAUUUGAUUUGGUGGAUCGAUCGGUGAAGUCGUUGAUUGAAGAAUAUAAGGAAAAUCCCGAAGACCUAUCCCAAAGAGAUAAUCAAAUCAAGGCUGUCAAACGAGGCUCCCUAAUUGCAUUGAUGGCUUCGAUAUAUGCUACAGCAGCAUUUGUAUUUGCCACAUUUCCUACCAGAUUGGUUCGUCGUAUUGAAUAUUUACCAGGUAACAAAGAAUAUUUGCGAUUAGUAACUCACCCUUGGUUUCCAGGCAAACCAUCCCCAGUACUUACGAUACCUCUCGAGAACUUAUCGAUUGGAAAGCGAUCAAAGGUUUGGACUGGCUCUGGAUUCUAUGGUACGGCACAUAGAUCGUCAUUUUUCUUCUUCAUCUUCGAGAAGGACAAAUGGUUCCCAUGGAUUGUCGAUAGAAGCGGCUGGUUCUGGGGUGAUGGUCGUGUUUAUGAUGUUAUCCUAGGUAAAGAAAGUAUCGAAUUGGCUGAAAAGGGAUUGAGCUAUGAUGAUAUUUUGAGAAUCCAACAAAACGAAGCGAGCAAGAGGAAGACUGAGCUUCGAAGAGAACUGGGCCCUGCUUGGAGAGCCAAAGCUAUGGGUCAGUUGAUGAAGGAGGAUGCCGUUAAGCUUCAGGGAGCUGCCAAGCGUGCACUUAACUCUUCUGUAUCUAACCACAAGCAACUUCCCGGUGAAGACCAAGAGAAAAAAUAA